GAAUUAUAAACUGCUGUCAAACAUGCCGAACCUACGAGGCAACGCGUGGAAAGAAAUUCGGCACAAACGCGUUAUGACCCUAGAACAAAGAUGGCAAGAUUGCCCUGUGAGCACUUAUUAUACAAUAAAUCGAAUUUUAUUACUGUGUAUCGGACUAUGGCCGUACCAAGGGUCUACUUUCAAAUAUUUCGCAAUAGUGUCAACAACGAUAACACUUAUAUUAAGCAUAGUACUCCAGUUAAUGACUUUCACCACAAAAGAAUAUAAUAUAGACGUUCUUCUACAUAUCCUCGCGUACACCGUCCCAUGGCUCGCCUACACAUUAAAAUACAAUGUUCUUUGUUUAAAUAUAAGACAGAUGCGAGGUCUGAUGGAACGAAUGGUUGACGAUUGGAAUACGUUAAACAACAAACAAGAAAUUGAAAUAAUAAAAGAAUUCUCAGAUAUUGGAAGAUUUAUUACGUUGAUUACGACAUUGUUCAUCUAUGUGUCUAUUUUUUGCUUCAUUCUGUCACAAUUUCUAUCAAACUUUCUUCUGGACAUCACAUUCAGUAAAAAUGAAUCACGUCUACGACAAUUCCCGGUCUUAAUAGAAUGUUUUAUAGAUCAGCAAAAGCAUUUUUUUCUCAUUUUGUCGGUAAUGGGUAUUUUCGUCGUGAGUGGUCUAACUACAGUGGUAGCCACCGAAACGCUUAAUAUGUCAUACACUCAUCAUGCGUGUGGUUUAUUUGAAAUCGCUAGCUAUCGUAUCGAACAAGCAUUGCUUAAAGACGCGGUAUACAAUACUCUAUCUUUUACCAAAAGAAAUACAAUAAUAUGUCAAGGGAUAAUCAAUGGCUUCAAUAUGUACAAAAAUGCAAUCGAGUUUAUCAAUAUGUUAAAGAGAAGUUAUACAUGGGCUUAUUCAUUACUGUUGCCCUUAGGGGUAUUAUCGCUGAGCGUCAAUCUUUAUCGCUUUUCUCGAUUGAUAACGUCCAAGGAAUACGGUGAAAUAAUUAUGAGUUUUCUCUUCAUCGUUGGUCAUUUUUGGUACAUGUUUUUCUAUAACUACUUGGGACAGAAAGUGAUCGAUUAUAGCAGCGAUAUUUUUCACAGAAUAUAUAACGUACAAUGGUAUCUAGCUCCGUUGAAAGCACAGAAAUUAUUGAUGCUUGUGAUGCAAAGGAGCAUGCGACAUUGCACAAUCGUCAUUAAUGGCUUGUUCAUUCCGUCAUUCGAAGGUUUUGCUACGCUUGCAAGUACGUCAAUUUCAUACUUUGCAGCGAUUUUUUCCCUUUUUUAAAUAUUCCCAUGAAAUAAAAAAUUGGAACUUAAAGUUCCACGACGCAAGUAGCUUAAAUUUAUUUAUAUCUUACCUUUUGCAUACAAAUGCAAUUAAUCUGUGAAACUGUUUUCAUUACUGUAUAUGAAGUAAGCUCUAAAUAUACCUAACGUUGUGUUGCUCACUCUUCAACAUUUUGGUUGCGUUUCCGUAAGAUUAUGGCAUAAUUAACACAUCUCUUUUCCAUUGUAUCCACAGUAAUAUUACGAAUAUAAGUUUUUUCUAUUAUUAUACAAGGGAGAUAAUUAACACGGUCGCUUCAUGCGGAAAUAAAGAUAUGAAGAUAUAUGACUUUGGCGACAGAGCACGAGUGUAAAGCGCCUGCAUAAAAAAAAUUCUAUAAAUUGUGUAUACUAUCACUCUCAUCGUAUUUCACUGCCAUCCACAAGAAUAAAUUAUUUAUGUCAAUUUACCAAACUAUUUCCUUUCAUUAUUCUAUAUACGUGACAUGAUACGCA